AUAUCGCGUUUAUGUAUAUCGCUCGAUUCGCGUUAAAAGAGGAAGGAUAUCGAAAUGAUAAGAAAAUCGACAGUUUCACGGCGGUGAUCUGACGAAUUUUGUUUGCGUACUGUGUCGACCGCCGUCUCUCGCCGUAAUUUCGUUUUCGUCGAUCUUUCGGGGUGGGUCAAGCGAGAUAAACUCGUGCCAAACUCGCGAAUUUAUUUUUCUUUUUCUCUUGCCCUCUUAAUAAUACCCCGUUUUUAUUUUCUUAUUUUCUUUUACCUCAAACGUCCAAGAAAGAUUUAUUCGAUUCUCCAAGCUUAUGGUACGGAUGACGUUGGCCGUCGGAUCAGAGAAAGGCGCACGGUCGAAGUCCCGAUAGUGAUAACGGAGGUUAGACGUUACAACUCCUUUGUAUUUUAUAUCAUUAAUUAUUACUACAUCGUUAUUUUUCUUGUUGAACGAGAACGAAGAGAAACACGUAGAAUAUUCCUUUUAAUUUUCCUUCGAGUCACAUUUGCAAUUAUUAGAUGUAUAAUUUGAAAGUAUUUGAUAAAUGAUGAAAAUUAGAAUCGUAGGAACAUUGAGAAUCUGUUAAAAAAUGUCUGUUGAAUACGAUAUGACAGAAAAGUUAACCCUAUGAUUAGUUUUCUAUUCAAUUAUUAAAGAUUAUUUAGUAUCAAUGAAAUGGACGUGAAAGAGAGAAACGACGAUAAACGAAAUAUUAUUGACAGAUGAAUUAUAUCGAUUUUAGCAUCCUGGAAAUAUUGGAAGAAGUGACUUGAGAAACUUGACGGCACUUGUGUUGUCGUAAAAGUCACAUAGAUGGUUGAGAUGAGUGGGACGUUGUCGUCGUCGCCACAGCCGACGGCGACGACGUCUCAUCGUAAGCAUAAAAACGGUGAAAUUUCGUCGACUAUGAUAAGCACGAACGAGAUGAUCUUACCAACCGGAAAGGAUUUCACCGCUUGUUACAUGGAACUCUGCAAGAAGUAUCAUCUGAGACCUUUACCGGUGAUCUGCGUGACAUUACCCUAUAACUUGGACUUUACGACCGAUCGCGUUAAGAUGGAGGACUGGAGACCUAUUCUGAACGCCUUGUCGCUUGAUCGUAGCCUCAGAUCGAUCAGCAUACGUAGUAGAUAUCAAUAUCGCAAACCGUCGGAAGUUGGCAACGUGAGUUUCGAAGAUAAAGUUCGAUCGAAAGGUCCUGGUGCAUUAACGCAAUGUCUUCUGGAAUGGCUAUCCCAUAGCAUCGGGCAAUGCGUGAGGAACUCGUACAGUUUGACUCGUCUGGAGCUAGAGGGUAUACCCUUUCCGACGGACUGUCUGGCGGUCUUGUGCGUCGGCCUCGCUGGCACGGAAACGCUCGAACAUCUUUCCUUUCAACGUUGUUACAUCGGCGAUGCUGGCUGUGAACUCGUCUGUCGUGCGAUAACCGACGUACGGACGAUCAGAUCGUUGAAUUUGAGCGAUUGCGAUCUUACGUCCAGAUGCGGCACGGUUCUAGCCACCACCUUAUCAAGGCAAGAAUUAUCGCUUUAUCACGACACCUGGAAACAAUCCCUGAGAUAUCGAGAGCCAAAUAUCGAAGCGAUGCCUGGUCUACGCCGAUUGACUCUCAGCGAUAAUCCUCGCUUGGGUGACUCCGUCGUAUUGAAGAUAAUCGAAGCUAUUAGAGAUAGUCUAUGGUUGAAGGCGGUCGACCUUCGGCAUUGUGGCCUAACCGAUCAGAUAGGUGACGAUCUUAUCAGACUCCUGGAGCAGAAUUCUUCUCUGACGGUUCUCGACGUACGACAGAAUCCAAACAUGAACGAAAAUCUAAUCGGUGAGAUUUUACGACGUUUAGAUGGUAAGGAAAAUGGCGAGUACGGCUGGUUGAAUUCGUCACGAAGAGAUAGGAAGAUAUCUUCGAUGAAUCUUCAAAUGAAGAGUAAUAACAAGAAGAGUAACAAGGAGAACGAGGUCAAUGGUGCGUACGGGAAAAAAAAUCAAAGAGAAGAAAGUUCGGUUUCGAAUCCCGUUAACAGGUCGAAAAUUUUAACUCCUUUCGUGAAAACGCGAAAAGUGAAUUAUCAAAAGACGGAACGGAAUGGAGCCGUGACACAGCCGUCCGAUAAACCUUCCUUGCAUCUAGAUCUUCAGUCACGAAUAAAACCGAUCGUUGAGACGACGAAUUCGCUCGAGGUAAGUGAAUCGAGCGUUCGAUACUCGGAGAAAAUCGAUUUGGAGAAAAAGAACGAAGAGAGAGAAGAGAUCACGGCAAUGAUGAGAGAAUUGAUGCUGGCAAGAACGACUAACAAUCAUUUGUUGGAGGAAAGCAAACGUCAAGAUCUUUUGAUCGCACAUGAAAAAGCAAAGCGUGAAAUAGCCGAGACGAAACUGAGAGCGAUGAGUGGCGACUUAGCCGACUUAGAAAAUAUAUUGAGAGAGAAGGAUCGAGAGACCGACGGUUUCUUAUUGGUCAGUCAACGAUCGUUGAACGACAUUUGUGCUUCGUUCGAUAGAUUGGUAGAAUUAUUGGAGAGUCUAACUAGAAAUACGAGGUUCGAUAAAAAGAAUUCAGAGGAGGGUCUUUUGGUUAGCAAGGACGUGAAACAUCGCGUUGACACUGUCGUUAGAAAGACGAAGUCCGAGAAUCUAGGACGAGGAUACGUCGUUGAUAUCGAGGACGAAGAACAGGAAGAAGAAAUAAUGGAGGAAGAAAAUGAACUGGUCGUUGAAUCAUCUAGAUUCGACAAGAUUCAGAAGUUCGUAAAAUCCGAAGGAGAUGUAAGGAGGAAGCUACCUUCGCCAGUUACACCGGUACGAGUUGAAAGAAAUAUCGGCGACAAUCCAGACGUAGUCGGACCUUCCUUGAAGAGUUGUGUUCUUGAUCGUUUUGAUGCUGGGGACAAAUGUAACGUGUCUUCCGUGGACAGAGCAAGAAACAUUUUCCUUCGUUUCGUCAACGGCGAAGUCGAAGGGAACUUUUUAAUCGCCUGAUAAAGAAUCUAUUUGAAAUAUCUAUUAGCAAAUGGAAAAGCAGUUAAGAUUAGAGGUCGUUUGUAUAUCCACGUUUUUCUUAAGCUCUGUGAUUGUACAUGAAAUAGAUAUCGUUUAUCAUUUUGCAAUGGAAAGUUCACAAACGGUUCUUAGUAAAGAAAAGAGAGAAGAUGCGAUCGGGAACGUCGUCGUUUAUCGCUUUUAACGUUCACCCCUUGGCACUCUAUGGAUUUUCCAUUACUUCCGGCCUGGGUCGCCGGUUACUUGAAAAACGCCUAUGCACGGGCUACCGGUCAAAGGUAAUUUUUCAUGAUAGAUCACGCUCGGCGUGGCGUGUCGCGAGCGAUCUUGUUCGCAACGUGAAUGGUGAAAGGUAAGUCGUUGCGCAGCACAAGAUCAAACGUUCCAGCAACGUCGUCCGGUGUGUGCUCCUCUUUCUUCCUCUCUCUUGCUCUCUCUCUCUCUCUCUCUCUCGUUCUCUCUCUCUCUCUCUCUCUCUCUCUCUCUUUCUUUCUCUCUCUCUUUA